UUUUAAUCCUCUGUCAUGUCAUCCAUCCGCUUUACCGUCAUCACAUCACACGAAAAAGGCGUAAAAGUCUGCAAUUAAUUUGAGAAAUUUGUUGUAAUUCCCUAAGAGUAAUUGCUAUUUUGCUUAACGGUUAUAUCUGAAGUUUAAAGAAGAAAUUACAGCAAGUGAUUGUUAUAGAUGUCAGGCCGAGAGGGAGGUAAGAAGAAACCCUUAAAAGCACCCAAAAAAGAAAACAAAGAGUUGGACGACGAUGACCUGGCACACAAGCAGAAGCUCAAGGAACAACAGAAGGCUUUGCAGGAAGCGAAAGCCAAAGCGUCCCAAAAGGGCCCUCUAACUCAAGGUGGCAUCAAGAAAUCUGGGAAAAAGUGACAAAACACUGUUAUCUUUAACAAUUAACUUAUAAGUUACUUUCGAUAUAAGGGUUCAGAAGAUCUUUGUUAAUUUCUAUGGCUGUAUCGAUAUUCAUAUCUUUGCUGAAAUGAAAAUUAUGAAUUUAUAAACCAAUUUUGCAAGGGAAUUUCCCAUUCUGCCAAAUAAAAAUUGACUAAAUAAAAUCUUGGCUUAUUCAGCGUUUUGUAAACCUUCGUAAAUGCAUUUAUUAUAAAUAAAGCAGUCUACAACUAAA